AUGCACCGUAUUGCCCUCAGAAAUUCGGCGCGCGCCCGUGCGCUGGCCGCCCAUGCAAAGAAGGCGACUCCCGUAGUGUCCCGCUCUUAUGCGACAGCAAAACCCGCUGCUUCUGAGGUCUCCUCCGUACUCGAGUCCCGCAUCUCUGGCACCAGUGUUGGUGGAAAUGUCGAGGAAACUGGCCGCGUUUUGAGCGUCGGUGACGGUAUCGGACGUGUCUGGGGCCUCAGGAACGUGCAAGCCGAAGAGAUGGUGGAAUUCUCUUCUGGUGUCCGUGGCAUGUGCUUGAACUUGGAAGCUGACAACGUCGGUGUCUCCAUCUUCGGUAACGAUCGUCUCAUCAAGGAGGGCGACACCGUCAAGCGGACUGGUCAAAUUGUCGACGUUCCGGUCGGUCCCGGCCUUCUCGGACGUGUUGUCGACGCUCUCGGUGACCCCAUCGACGGCAAGGGCCCCAUCGAAGCCGCCGAGCGCCGCCGUGCCUCCUUGAAGGCUCCCGGUAUCUUGCCCCGUCGUUCCGUCAACCAGCCCAUGAUGACAGGUCUCAAGCCCAUUGACGCCAUGGUGCCUAUUGGCCGUGGACAGCGUGAACUUAUCAUUGGUGACCGUCAAACCGGUAAAACUGCCAAGAGGUGGAACGAGGGCCAGGACGAGAGCAAGAAGCUCUACUGUGUUUACGUUGCUGUUGGUCAGAAGCGUUCGACCGUCGCUCAGCUCGUCAAGACCCUUGAGGAGAACGAUGCUAUGAAGUACACUAUCAUUGUCGCCGCUACUGCUUCCGAGGCCGCGCCUCUUCAGUACCUCGCACCUUUCUCCGGUUGUGCUAUGGGUGAAUGGUUCCGUGACAACGGCAAGCACGCUUUGAUUAUCUACGAUGACUUGUCCAAGCAGGCCGUUGCCUACCGUCAAAUGUCUCUGCUCCUUCGUCGUCCCCCCGGUCGUGAGGCUUACCCUGGUGAUGUCUUCUACCUUCACUCUCGUCUUCUUGAGCGUGCUGCCAAGAUGAGCGACAAGUUCGGUGGAGGCUCUCUUACUGCCUUACCUAUCAUUGAGACUCAGGGUGGUGAUGUGUCCGCUUAUAUCCCCACUAACGUCAUUUCCAUCACUGACGGUCAAAUCUUCUUGGAGGCUGAACUCUUCUUCCGUGGUGUUCGCCCUGCUAUUAACGUCGGUCUUUCUGUCUCCCGUGUCGGUUCCGCUGCCCAGACCAAGAUCAUGAAGAAGUUUGCUGGUUCCCUCAAGCUGUACCUCGCACAAUACCGUGAAGUCGCCGCCUUUGCCCAGUUCGGUUCUGAUCUCGAUGCUUCCACUCGUUUCUUGCUUUCUCGUGGUGCCCGUCUUACUGAGCUCUUGAAGCAAGGUCAAUACCAGCCUUUGGCCACCGAAGUUCAAGUUCCCAUCAUCUACGCUGGUGUCAACGGUCUCCUUGAUUCCAUCCCUGUCGACCAGAUCACAAAAUGGGAGGCCGAAUUCCGCUCGCACCUCGCGGCUUCACAGACUGCCCUCCUCGAGGAGAUCUCGGGAGGCAACAUCACCCCUGAAUUGGAGGGCAAGAUCAAGAAGGUCGUCGAAGAUCACGUAUUGUCAUUCACCUCAUAA